AUGGCGAGUGCUGCAGACUCGACGGAUCCCGCUGGCAUGGUCGCCACUGAGACGACGGCGGUGCAAGCCGACGGCCGCAGCAGCGACGAAUACAGUCCAAAGGCUUCUCUAGCAGAGCUCGUUGGUUUGGGCAAGCAAAUCAUGGGGCAGAGCGAUGCCGAAUCGGCACAGGCUGCUUUCAGCAGGCAGCUCCCGGUUGCCGCCAAACCCGUCCCCGGCGUCCGGACAUGCAACUGGGAGCAGUUCAAGAAUCGCUUCUCUGCCGAUGAGCCACAGUACUCGAUCGAGUCGCUCGUCGGCGGGCCUGACUUGUCGCUGCAGGUCUUUGACGAGUCCAUUCGGAGGGGCGCUGGCAAACCAACAGGCGCCGUGCUGAAAGAGCUGUCCAGCACCAUGCCCAGGAGGCCGUCGCCGCCGCAGAUCUACCGCAUUCGCAUCCAGUCAGCGGCAAUACUGGACCUGCUGAAUACGGUGAGCGGCGAUUGUUGGGAUGUAACCAAGAGUCACACGUUCAUGAGACCCUUUGGCUACCUCAUCCACCAUCAUGAGCGUGUGCAACGAGAGCUUGCUCACCUGGAAUCCCAGUUGUCUUCCGAGGAAGCUCCAGCACCGGGAGGCAGUGAUGACGACGCGCCGACCAUCAACCCCAUCGACAUGAUUGAAGAUAUCCGCGCAUACGUCGACUUUGUCGAGAGUUCCCUCAUGCCGUUGUACCGGCAAUUCGAAGACACCAGCGACGGGACCAAAACUGUUCGCUUUGACGACCUCUGGUACCUUUUCAGGCCAGGCGAGCUUCUCUACCGCCCAGGCGACUUGGGUGCGGACCCGAACGAGCUCCAAGUCUCCGAGGGGACGUGGCGCGGGCGCGACCUGUUCAGCGACUCGGGUCGGCAAAAGCUGUGGCGUGUUUGCUCCGUCCAGCCGCACCAACACCGGGUCCGCGACGGUUUAUUUUACAACGACACGACGCUCAAGAGGGAGGGAGAUGCACCCGAGGCCGACGACGGGCCAGGGGCCUGCGUCGUGUCCGCGUACUACCUCGAUUUCGACGGCGAGCGUGUCCAGCCGGUAUGGUUCAAAUGCGGCAUCGCCCCGUUCCGCGGGGAGCGCGAGAUCCGUAGCCUGGACUUCUACCCGGUGCGCUUCGUUCCCGACCGUGACCGCCUAGUCAGCAGUCUGCAGGCGCAGGGAAAGAAGUUCCUCGAAUCCAUCGAGCAGAAGCACAUGAAGUACAACGGAUGGAUCCUGUUGCAUGAGCCCGACGGGUCCGAGGCCAAGGACUACACCGGCGAGCCGACCAAAUACUCAGAUCAGUACAUCGGGCAAGUCAUUGUCGACGUCAAAGAGGCGCUUGACGACAACCCGCACUGGCGCUUCGUUCACCAUGUGUCCAAGCCGCACGAGGUGCGCUCACUGCGGACCAUCGAGCCCUACCCCGUGAAGCGGUGGGCCGAUGCCACCCGUCCUGACGAAGGCAUCGCGUCAAAUUAUGAGACGAUCGUGCUCAACGAUGAUGUCGAUCGCUUUGAGUUCGAUCGAUACCUGAAAAAGGAUCGCUUCAUCGGUGCUACACCCGACGAGCUCGACGCUCUUGAACUGCAGCCGGACGACGUCGCGCUGCUACCACGCCGCAUCUACGCCUACCUCUUCCGCUUCCGGUCGUUCCGGCUUAUCGAUGUCAACAACCUGAGCCCCAUACACGCGGACCCAGAUGCCUUUAAUCGCUUGCAGAUCGACGAGGUCAACAAGAAAACGAUCCGCAGUGUGAUCCACUCGCACUCCGAGCGCAAGGCACUCUUGCGGAGUCAAAGGUACAACGACCUCACCGAGAUCGAGGAGCAGGACCUCAUCCGCGGUAAGGGGAGAGGGCUGGUCAUACUAAUCCAGGGUGCGCCCGGUGUGGGCAAGACUGCGACGGCGGAGGCGGUGGCCCAGGCGAACCGCCGGCCGCUCUUCUCGCUCAACCUUGAAGACGUCGACUACACGGCCGAGUUGCUUCACCGUGUGUUCAGACGUGCCGAGAUGUGGGAUUGUAUUGUAUUAUUGGACGAGGCGGACGUCUACCUCAGCCAACGCACGGUCCACGACCAGAAGGCCAACCUGUUGGUCUCUUUCUUCCUCCAGCUCCUCGAGAACUUCUCGGGCCUCCUCUUCCUCACCACGAACCGGCCCGGCGCGCUCGACGAGGCCGUCAAGUCGCGCGUGCAGGUCAACCUGUGCUACCGGCCGCUCGACCUCGGCCAGACGCUCGAGAUCUUCCGCCUCAACAUGGACCGCCUCGCGCUCUCCGAGUCGCAGCGCGCGGCCCACGCCGCCUCGGCGGCGCGGCCCGCCUCGACGGCCGACGUCUCCCCGCCGCUCGUCAUCAUCGAGGACCAGAUCCUGGCGUUCGCGGAGCAGCACUACCGCAAGCACGCGGCGCACGACGGCCUGGGCCGCUGGAACGGCCGGCAGAUCCGCAACGCCUUCAUGAUCGCCUCGUCGCUGGCGCACUACGAGGUCGCGGGCCGCCCGCGCAUCCAGCCGCAGCUGCGCGCGAGCCACUUCGAGGAGGUCGAGGCGCUGACGCUCGAGUACGACCGCAGCCGCGCGCGCACGCUGGGCAAGAGCGACGCGCGGCUCGCGCACGAGCGCAGCGAGCGGUUCGACGGGUACGGGCGGGACGUGUUUGAGGACCGGGACCGGGACCGGGACCGGGACCGGGACCGGGACCACAGGCGCCGCGGCGAUGGCGGCGGCGAGAGGCAGCCUAGCCCGACGCCGGCCGAGUACGCGCAGAUGGGGAAUAAUCGCCGACUGUCGCCGCUGCCGGGGUCUUCUGCUUCUGCAGGCGCGGGUCCGGAUCCGAGGUCUAAUGCGGACGCAGACCGGUUCUCGGCCGGUGGUGGUGGCCGACGGAUGGAGAGGAGGAGCCCCGGAGGUGCGGCGUGGAAGGACUUUUAG